AUGGCUACCCAACCAUUAGCUGCCGGUGAACUUAAUCGACCAUAUGUUGAUGAAACAGAGAAACUUCUUGUUGAUAUUAUGUAUCGCGCUAAUGCCAUUCCAUUUUUGAUCUGUGCGAUGACCAUAGAUGAAAUUGAUGGUCUUGUACCAAAACGUGAUAAUAAUGCGCAACAAGGAAAAGUUGAUGGCAUUAGUGUAUUACUUUCACAUAUUGAGGGUGUGAAAAAUAUUCGAACUUUAAUUGUAUUUGGUGCUACAAAUCGUCGAAAUAUGAUGGAUGAAGCAUUUCUUCGACGAACGCAGGCGAAAGUAUUUGUCGGUCGUCCAUCACCAGCCAUACGAAAUAAUAUGUUAACACCAUUAGUUUGUAAAGAUUCACGUCUAUUUACACCAAAACAUCUUGAUUCGUUAGUUAAAAUCACAACAAAUUUUAGCGGUGCUGCCAUCAGUGCGUUGAGAUCAAAUUUAAUUAUUGAAAUGGAUGGAAAUCCCCAUAUAACAGAUCAUCGUCUAUUAGAAUUAGCUGAUAGUGUAUCUCGCGAAUUUAAUGUUUGGUUUGGUAUUAGUACAUUACCUGAAAUAUGUCGACUAAAUCCAACUAUAAUCAAUUCGACACAUCAUGAAGACAGUUAUUCAUUAGAAUUUGAAAAAUUAAUUCGUACAGGACGGAUAUUAAUUGAUUAUACUGAGCGUAAAUGUUUGAUUGAAAUGAAAAACGAAGCAACAUUAGAAAAAGAUGAAACAUCUGUAGCAGGCAUUAAUCCAUCAUACAAAACUACAGAACAGUCACAAUUACAACAACACGAAACACAUCAUCAACCGCAAAGUGAGGUAUCCGAUGUUAAUGAUGCCAAUGAUAAACCGGCUGGAUCUACAACGUUAAACAGCAAUGUUGCAAUAUUAGCUUCUACAUCUUCAUCUUCAGUUACUAAUGAUCAACAAGCACUUCAACAACAAAAAGUUAAAACGAAAUCUAUUCGAACAGCAUCACAAAACAAUGCUAGAAAUAAAAUAAGACAUAGAAAACUAAAAGAAAAAUUGAUAAAAAAUACAAUAACAAGACCAAUUUGUAACCAUCGGCCCAUGACAUUGAUUAAACAAGUGUUACAUCAUCAGCAGAUACCACGUGGAAAAACACCAUAUCCACAGCAUGGUGAAUUACCCUUGAGAUUUAAAACGGCCGAACAAGCCACAACCGCAAAUGUUGAUUUACCACAAGGUGCAUUCAAUGAAGAAAAAUUACAGUACUGGGCUCCUAUAUAG